AUGGGCUUUAUGAGCCAUCGCCGACGCGAUGUCGAGGUUCACCCGGAGCAGAAAUGGGACUUCAUCAGUCUCAAUGACUUCAAGUCAGGCUCCUGCCUCACAGGAUUCGCCUAUGCCUACCUUUGGUUUUCUCUCCUCAUCUCCUUGGCAGUUUACUCGGUCGAUACAUUCACGGCGCUCCAGCUCCUCAUCUUUGACCGGUGGCCCGGAGUGAUUUCCCCGACUCAGUUGAUUCCGUUUGCCGUGUCUAAAUGGGUCUUCUCCAUAUGUAUCAUACUUUCCUUCAUCAACCUUGGAUUCGAGCACUUCCGUGCCCGCAAGAUCAUGAAGAGGGGCAGCGUUGCCGAGUCAUUUCUGGAUAGCUUGGCAGUGCGCCUGGAGAGUAUCCGAAUGGGACGCGGCCGCGGAUACAAGCGAUUUCUGGUCUUUACUAAGUUGACGAAGAGCAAGAAGGGGGCUGAAUACAUCGCCCUCUUCACGUAUUUCAGCUUUCAAUCUUGGAUUCGCAUCAUUAUCUGCUCCGGGCCCCGCCAAAUCAUCAACGCCCUCACGCUCUACUCGUUUUACUCCAGCAAGUUGGUCGUUAACGGACUCAACUUUGAGAACUCGCUGUCGACUCUUUUUGAUAAGAUCAGAAUUUCGGCGAAUGGCGACUAUCGUCUGAUUGUGAUUCUGUCGGGCAUGCUCUUCACUCUCGUCAUCUGGGUUUUCGCCGUGAUCUCGCUGCUUCUUGCUGCCAUGUUUUUCGUUUGCUUCUUGUGGCAUACGAUCCCGCCCCAAGACGGCGGACUGACUGGUUUCUGCGAGCGAAAGAUCAACAAGAGACUGAAGCAGAUCGUCGCGAAGAAGAUUGACAAGGCGAUGGCAGAGGAGGAGAGAGAGAGGAAGAAGGCGGAGAUGAAGGCAGCCAAGACAAACGGCGGCGCCAGGCCCUUGACGAUGAAAGCGACCCUGCCAAACUUGGGCGGUGAUGACAAGCUGCCUGAGAUGCCAAUGCUCAACAGAAACGAUACGACUACUACCCUUCCACCCUACACUUCGCGGCCCGGCACGCCAGGCAGCUUCGAACUGGAUGCCAUCGAUCAGAAGCGGCCACUUCCCAGCCGCUCAGGCACGAUGGCUUCAUAUUCAAGCAGGGCACCACUGGUCAGCAGCGCUGCCGAGAUGGGCACGUCUCGGUCCGAGUCUCCGACUCCUACGCUGCCGCCGCUCUAUUUGAGCGGAUACCCGCCGUCGAGAACAGGAACUUCGGCAUCCAACAAAAGCUUUGGGCCUGUUCCGCCGCUUCAACGGAUGGGCUCCAACGGCUCUGCACUGAAUACAAGCUAUACUACUAGCCCUGCCACGUAUUCUACCGAGACCAUGCCAGCCUUCCCGGCACCUAUCCGAUCACCCGUGGGUCCCUCCACCGGGUACAGGGGACCUGGCCCCAACCAAGGCCCAGCAAGAACCAAUACUGCUGGAGGAAGGCCAACGUUUGACGAAUAUUCGAAUGGACAGCCUAGCCCCCAUCCAAACCAAGGCCUUUCGAGGACGAACACUGGUGGGAGCAGGCCGUAUGACGAUUACUCGGCUGAACAGUCAAGUCCAGGCCCGAACUCUGGUAAUCCGAGGAUGAACCCCAACGGGGGCCGACCUCCAUAUGACGACUACUCAAAUGGACGGUCCAGCCCCGCUCCGUCGAACAACUCAUAUCCUAACGAUCCGUCAUCGCCACGGGGAAUGGGACCGGACGGGUACCCCAUUCGGAGCGCGACGAACCCGAUGCCGCCUCGCGGGCCGCAGCAGCGAUUUGCGCCUCAGCGGAAUAUGACGGCUCCUGUCCCUCAACCAUACCAUCAGCAAGCCGAUAGCAACGGCUCGAUGAGGAGUAUGGGGUCUGCUAGACCACCAUAUCACCAGCAGGCAGACAGCAACGGUUCGAUGAGGAGUGCGGGGCCGCCAAGACCGCCUUAUCAGCAGCCACAGCAAGGAGGUGGGGGGCCCGAUUACUUUAGUCGACCGAACCCGAUGGCAGCCAACGGCCCGAGAGGUAACGAUCCCCGUGGCGGAUAUGGGAAUAACGGAUGGAACCAAGAUACGGAGAGAGGAAACGGAUCUCGAUACGGGGCGUACUAA